AUGUCCCCAGCGUCGAUCACAGAGUUCGCUACUCUACGUCUUAACUCUCCGCACAAAUGGGACUCCCUGACCACGAUUGACUUCUUUCGCGCACUGUCCGCUGACCAGCGCGCCUGGUCCGGCUACCCGCUUCUCUACUUCAGAGAUGUAGACGCCCCGGACGACAGCGGUUGCGAGCGGGUAUACCUCCUCUCCGGCUGGAAGAGCGUGGAAGCGCAUUAUGAGUGGAUCGAAGGCGCGGCCAAUCAGGCAUUGCUCGAGAAGGGGGUAGGAGACGGAAAGCUGUUGUCGGUCGAGGGUUUCGCGCAUGUCGCGAUAGUUUUCGAAGAGUUCCCGCAAGACCAGCGUGUUUUAUAUCUCGAAAGGCCGGCAAAAGCUGUCGAGGAUUCAACGACAGGCGCCGAGAGCUGGCGACGCCAGGGAAAGGUUCUGGAUCAGGGUGUGGAUGAGCUCUGGCAGUUCCGCGACGGGGUGGCAGAAAACUCCAGCGAUGGAACCACGGCCUUGAAGCGCCUGAAUACGAGCUGGAACUAG